CGCUCUCCGGCCGGCUGCGCCAAGGGACACAAGCUCGGCAGGAGCUUCCCGGAGCUCAGCCUCGGUGGGCAGGGAGAGGCGCUCCUUAGGCGUUGCCGGCCCCGAAGGCGAGGCGCUCUCCAGCUGGCGCGAGAGAAGUUUGCUUUGGCCCAGCCGCGCUCUCCUGCGCGCCCGCAGGCAGGCGCCGGGGUCCCGGCCGCAGCAGCGACCUCCAAGGGCAGAGAGAUCACCGCCUCAUGUAGCACGGCCGCCCGAGCGAGCCCCAUGGAAACCUCGGUGGGCAGCGGCGCCUCAGGGGCCGGGGAGCAACAGGGCGCCAGCGGGGACUCUGAGCAGCGACUCAGCCCCCCGAGCGGGGGUCCCGAGACACUUGCCGCCUCUGAGGCGGCGCCGGGCGCAGCAACAGCUACCACAGCCGGCGGCGGCGGGGAGGGCAACGGGCCGGGGUGGCGGCAGCGCUCGCUGCGAGCCGUCUAUGUGCUCAACGACAACAACAGCCCCAAAGGCGCCGCCGGGGCGCGGAGCCCGGAAGCCGGGGCGCUGCAGUGUCUGGUGCGAGCGUGCGAGGCCGAGGGAGCCCAGCUGACCACGGUCAACUUUGGCGAGUUGGACUUCGGCGAGACGGCCGUGCUGGACGCCUUCUACGACGCGGAUGUUGCAGUAGUGGAUAUGAGUGAUGUUUCCAGACAACCAUCCUUAUUCUACCAUCUUGGAGUACGUGAAAGCUUUGACAUGGCCAAUAAUGUUAUACUCUACAAUGACACUGAUGCUGAUACUGCUCAGUCACUGAAGGACAUGGUGUCUCAGAAAAACACAGCUUCAAGUGGCAAUUAUUACUUCAUUCCAUACAUUGUGACGCCUUGUGCUGAUUAUUUUUGUUGCGAAAGUGAUGCCCAGCGGAGAGCUUCUGAGUACAUGCAGCCCAACUGGGAUGCCAUCCUGGGUCCUCUCUGUGUGCCCCUGGUAGACAGGUUUAUCAGUCUUCUCAAGGACAUCCACGUCACAUCAUGCACAUAUUACAAGGAAGCCCUGCUGAAUGACAUUAGAAAAGCUAGAGAUAAGUAUCAAGGAGAAGAACUGGCAAAGGAGCUGACUAGGAUUAAGCUUCGUAUGGAUAAUACUGAAGUCCUGACCUCUGAUAUAAUAAUAAACUUGCUUCUGUCCUACCGAGAUAUCCAGGACUAUGGUGCCAUGGUAAAGCUGGUGGAAACACUGGAAAUGCUGCCAACCUGUGAGUUGGCUGAUCAGCACAAUAUUAAAUUUCACUACGCAUUUGCAUUGAAUCGAAGGAACAAUGCAGGUGACCGAGAGAAAGCACUGCAAGUGAUGCUUCAGGUUUUGCAGACAUGUGAUCAUCCUGCACCGGACAUGUUCUGCUUGUGUGGGAGAAUCUACAAGGACAUAUUUCUGGAUUCAGACUGUAAAGACACCAGUAGCCAAGACAGAGCCAUUGAAUGGUACCGCAAAGGGUUUGAGCUCCAGUCAACUCUGUAUUCAGGAAUAAAUCUAGCGGUUUUGCUGAUAGUUGCAGGACAGCAGUUUGAAACCUCCAUGGAACUCAGGAAAAUAGGUGUACGAUUAAACAGUUUGCUGGGAAGAAAAGGGAGCUUGGAAAAAAUGAGUAAUUACUGGGAUGUUGGGCAAUUCUUCAGUGUAAGCAUGUUGGCGAUUGACAUUGGUAAAGCAGUACAAGCUGCAGAGAGGCUGUUCAAACUGAAACCACCUAUUUGGUAUUUGAAGUCCUUAGUGCAGAACUUGGUCUUAAUUCAGCGUUUCAGGAAAGUCUCCGUAGAACACUCUCCAAGACAAGAGAGGUUGAACUUCUGGUUAGACAUAAUCUUUGAGGCAACCAAAGAAACAAUGAAUGGCUUGAGAUUUCCGGUAUUGGUGAUAGAACCAACUAAGAUAUAUCAGCCUGCAUAUGUUUCGAUUAAUAAUGAAGCAGAUGAAAGAACUGUUUCCCUAUGGCAUGUGUCUCCUACAGAAAUGAAACAGAUUCAUGAAUGGAAUUUUACAGCUUCUUCUAUUAGAGGAAUAAGCAUAUCUAAAUUUGAUGAACGAUGUUGUUUUCUGUAUGUCCAUGACAACUCUGAUGACUUUCAAAUCUACUUUUCUACGGAGAACCAGUGUAAUAGGUUCUGUGGUUUAGUUAAAGAAAUUUUAAGUGAUGCUGUGGGAAGUACUUUGGAACUGGAAGGUGAGAUUGAUGGUGACACACUCGAAUACGAGUAUGACUACGAUGAGAAUGGAGAUCGAGUGGUGUUAGGCAAGGGGACCUAUGGGAUAGUUUAUGCCGGGAGGGACCUUAGCAAUCAGGUCCGAAUAGCCAUCAAAGAAAUACCAGAGAGGGACAGCAGAUAUUCUCAGCCACUACAUGAAGAAAUAGCCCUCCACAAAUAUUUAAAGCACCGUAAUAUAGUCCAGUAUCUUGGUUCUGUUUCUGAAGAUGGAUAUAUUAAAAUCUUCAUGGAACAAGUGCCAGGAGGAAGUCUUUCUGUACUUCUAAGAUCAAAAUGGGGACCAAUGAAAGAACCUACAAUUAAAUUUUAUACCAAGCAGAUCCUAGAAGGUCUGAAGUAUCUCCAUGAAAAUCAGAUCGUACACAGAGACAUAAAAGGAGAUAAUGUUUUAGUGAACACAUAUAGUGGAGUGGUAAAAAUUUCUGAUUUUGGGACUUCUAAACGUCUGGCAGGAGUCAAUCCAUGUACAGAGACAUUCACAGGCACUUUGCAGUAUAUGGCUCCAGAGAUUAUUGAUAAGGGGCCUCGAGGAUAUGGUGCACCAGCUGACAUGUGGUCUCUGGGAUGCACCAUCAUUGAAAUGGCAACAGGGAAGCCUCCAUUUCAUGAACUGGGAGAACCACAGGCGGCUAUGUUCAAAGUUGGAAUGUUCAAGAUUCACCCUGAAAUCCCUGAAUCGCUGUCUGCUGAAGCACGGGCCUUUAUUUUGCUCUGCUUUGAACCCGAUCCAAACAAACGUGUAACAGCAUCUGACUUACUUAAAGAUAGUUUCUUGAAACAGAUGAACAAGGGCAAGAAAAACAGAAUUGCAUUCAAGCCCUCAGAUUAUAAUCGCAGUACAUCACUUCCUCUGCCAGUCCACGGGGAACAGGCUGGCAGCAGCAGCAGUGAACAUGGCUCAAUCUCACCAGAUUCUGAUGCGCAACAUGACAUGUUCUUUGAAAGAACAAAGCGCUCUUUGUCAGAGAUCCCAGCAAAACAUCCCGUUUCCCAUUUACUAAGUGUUCCUGAUGAGAGCUCAGUUUCAGAUGAAAGAAGUACUUCCCCUUCCCUUGAAGAAAAGGAUUCUGGUCUUUUCUUAUUACGGAAAGACAGCGAACGACGUGCAAUUCUCUAUAAAAUCCUGAAGGAGGAACAGGAUCAAGUUGCUUCCAAUUUACAAGAGUGUGUGGCACAGAGUUCUGAAGAACUGCAUCUUUCAGUUGCUCACAUCAAGCAAAUAAUAGGAAUUCUGAGAGAUUUCAUACGUUCUCCUGAACACAGAGUUAUGGCGUCCACUAUAUCCAAGCUGAAAAUUGAUCUGGAUUUUGACAGUACUUCCAUCAAUCAGAUUCAUCUAGUGUUGUUUGGAUUUCAAGAUGCAGUGAACAAAGUACUAAGAAACCAUUUAAUCAGGCCCCAUUGGAUGUUUGCUAUGGAUAAUAUAAUACGACGUGCCGUUCAAGCUGCUGUCACUAUUCUUAUUCCAGAACUUCGAGCUCAUUUUGAGCCGACAUCAGAGACUGAAGGAGUAGACAAAGAUGCAGAUGAAGUGGAUGAAGAUUACCAUCCAGCAGAGCAAAAGCGACAUGAGGAACCACUUAACCCCUCUGGAAUGGGCACGCUCCCUUCUUCAGUGUGCCCUGACAGUCAACAGCAGCUUAACUUUCAAUUAGGCAAGCUCAAGCAAGAAACAAACAGGCUGAUGGAGAGCCUGCUGCAAAGAGAGAGAGAAUAUCAGAUGCUUUUACAGCAAAUGUUGGAACAAAAAACGCAGGAUUUGUGCCUCCUUCAGUUAAAGUUGAAAACUACUGAAAGCCAGCUGUCUUCACCCACACUUGAGCACAAUGUAGACCAAGACCUCGUCAAGUGGCUGACACAACAAAGAGCAGACUCAGAUGCAAUUGACAGGUUUGUGCAGGAGGAUUACACGCUUGAUGAUAUUCUCAACAUCAUCACUAAAGAUGAUCUGCGAUCACUUAGACUCAGAGGUGGCCUUCUCUGCAGAAUUUGGAAUGCAAUAUUAAAACACAGAAAACUGAAUAAUAAACAGUUUGAAAUGGACGGUUAAGCACAUCAUCAUAGUUAUACUGUAU